GACAGGGGUGAGCCAGCGGAGGGGCCCGAGGGCAGCUGGCUGCGCAUGCGCACUCCCUCCCCACCCCAUCCCCCCCCUCGCCCCAUACCCCCGCCCCAUACCCCCCGUUGGGACCAGCGUCUCCUCCCCUGUCAGUCCUGUCAGAGCAGCGGAGGGUUCGGGUACCUGCGCCACCAGCCUUCCUGGGACACAGGGCCUGCUGUCCACAUCUCUUCCCUGAGCUGCCCACUUGGGGCCAUGGCGCUGCCAACAAAGCCUAGUAUGAUUGAUCUGGGCCUGGGCACCUGGAGCCCUAGCUCCCAGGAGCAGAGCCACAGGGCUCGGGCACCCUCCAGGGGUGUUGGCAAGCAGCUGCCUGAGUACAAGGCCGUGGUAGUGGGCGCGAGUGGCGUGGGAAAGAGCGCGCUGACCAUCCAGCUGAACCACCAGCGCUUCGUGGAAGACCACGACCCCACCAUCCAGGAUUCCUACUGGAAGGAGAUGGCCCUGGAUCACGGAGGCUGCAUUCUGAAUGUGCUGGACACGGCAGGGCAGGCCACUCAUCGGGCCCUGCGUGACCAGUGUGUGGCGAUCGGGGAUGGUGUGCUGGGUGUCUUCGCCCUCGAUGACCCCUCGUCUCUAGCCCAGCUGCAGCAGAUGCGGGCCACCUGGGGCCCACACCACACCCAGCCCCUCGUCCUUGUGGGCAACAAGUGUGACCUUGUGACCACCACCGGAGAUGCUCGUGCUGCUGCUGCAGCCCUCGCAAAGAGCUGGGGGGCCCCUUUUGUGGAGACCUCAGCCAAGACACGCCAAGGUGUGGAGGAGGCCUUUUCCCUGCUCAUCCAUGAGAUCCAAAGAGUCCGGGAGGCCAUGGCAAAGGAGGCCAUGGCAGGGCCAGGUGGGGAUAAAGGCCGGCACCAGAAGGCCAUGUGCCGCUGUGGCUGCUCCGUGGCCUGAAGUUCUUGGUCUAGAAAAGUGGACCCUCCCCCAGACCAGGGUGGUGGUUCCUUCACUUGAGACCCGCCUGCCCCCCCCCCCCCCGACCCCAGCAACUAGCUGUGUGGGACACUGUCGGUGUACUGGGGAUAGAUGGACCCUUCUCCUGGGGAGGUUUUCUUUUGGUGAUGGGCUUUUUGGCAAUGUGGGGCCGUAGCGUUGGUUAUAUGUCAUGUCAAGUUGAGAGAUUGUGUGGAAAAUUAAAGUGUGCUUAGGUUUCAAA